ACGUAAUUUAAAACAUGUGAUUAUAAACUUGUGAAUUCGAUAUAUUCUUUUUUUUAAAAAACGUGUGCAUUGAUCAGGCGUUGAAAUAGUUGAAGAAUGGUGCAGAGAAUUGUACUCAGUUCACUUCUUUGGAGUUUGCUGUGUGUUGCAUCUCUGACGACGACCACGGAAAUAACUAAUCAGAAAAAUGAUAACCGUGGAAAAUCGACUGCUUUCCAGGGAAUUAUAAUGUAUGUUUGGGAUGCGCCCUCUGGCGUACUUGAGCAGUCUAAAGGGGUGUACUCCGCGGGAUAUAAUAACUCUGGUAGUGGCGAUCAAUGUGCGGCUAUUGAAGAUGCAAAGAUGUUUGACAUGAUUAUAAAUGAUAUUCCUGAUGGUAAGGUUGUCGGACUAGCUCUCAGACCGAGGCUUGUAAUUAAACAGGAUAUAAUAAAUAUUAUUAUAUACUAG